UGAACAGCGCGAGCCGAGACAGAGCUCUGGAAAGGCGGUUAGAGAGAGGGCAGAGGCAACGGCCCCUUCUUGAGGGGGGGGCUUAUUAUAACAAAUAUAUACACACGUGUGAACUGUGUAGCCGCACGAUAGGUCAUAUGUGGAUAACAAUUAUUUUUAGAAAAGCAUACAAACGCGGCUUUACAUUUAAAAUGCCUAUUUUACUUUUCCUGUUAGACACGUCCGCCUCUAUGAAUCAGCGCACUUAUUUGGGUACGACGUAUCUGGACGUUGCUAAAGGCGCGGUUGAGGUCUUUAUGAAGCUGCGUGCCCGAGACCCGGCUAGUAGAGGCGACAGGUACAUGCUAGUUACAUUCGAUGAUCCACCAUACGGAGUGAAGGCAGGCUGGAAGGAGAACCAUGCAACCUUCAUGUGUGAGCUGAAGAACCUGCAGGCAUCUGGGCUGACUACAUUGGGCCAUGCUCUUCGCACAGCCUUUGACCUGCUUAACCUCAACCGCCUUGUCUCAGGCAUCGACAACUACGGACAGGGCUGUAACCCCUUCUUCCUUGAGCCAUCUGUGAUCAUCACUAUCACUGAUGGGAACAAACUCACACACAGCUCUGGGGUGCCAGAUGAGCUGCACCUGCCUCUGAACUCUCCUCUGGCGGGCAGUGAGCUGACCAAAGAGCCCUUCCGCUGGGACCAGCGUCUGUUUGCGUUGGUGCUGAGGCUGCCAGGAGCAGCCACACCAGACAACGAGCAGCUUGGUAGCGUCCCCACUGAUGAGUCUGCCAUCACCCAAAUGUGUGAAGUCACUGGAGGGCGAUCAUAUUGUGUGCGGACACAGAGGAUGCUGAACCAGUGUCUGGAGUCUUUGGUCCAAAAGGUUCAAAGUGGUGUCGUCAUUAAUUUUGAGAAAACUGGGCCAGAUCCGCCUCUAGCUGGGGACGAGAACUCUGUGGAGUCAAGUCGUCCUGUUUCAUCCUUCAGUCCACAGCCGUGGCACAGUUGCCACAAACUCAUCUACGUGCGGCCGAACCCAAAGACAGGGGUGCCAGUUGGACAUUGGCCCAUACCAGAGUCCUUCUGGCCAGACCAGAACUCUCCUACUCUGCCGCCUCGUUCUGCUCAUCCCACGGUCCGUUUCUCGUGUGUGGACUGUGAGCCCAUGGUGAUAGACAAGCUUCCUUUUGACAAAUAUGAACUGGAGCCCUCUCCACUCACUCAGUACAUUCUGGAAAGGAAGUCUCCACACAUGUGCUGGCAGGUGUUUGUUAGCAGCAGUGGAAAGCAAAAUGACCUGGGACAGCCAUUUGGCUACCUUAAAGCCAGCACCACUCUCACUUGUGUCAACCUCUUUGUCAUGCCUUACAACUUUCCAGUCCUUCUCCCACUCCUCGAUGAUUUGUUUAAAGUGCACAAACUAAAACCCAACCUCAAGUGGCGACAGUCCUUUGAGAUGUACCUGAAGACCAUGCCUCCAUACUACCUCUUGCCCUUAAAAAAGGCGUUAAGGAUGAUGGGUGCACCCAAUCUUAUUGCCGACACCAUGGACUGCGGCCUAAGUUACAGUGUCAUCUCCUACCUGAAGAAGCUCAGCCAGCAGGCAAAGAUAGAAUCAGACCGUUUAAUCGUGUCCGUGGGGAAGAAGGCGCCCCAAGAAACGGGCAUAAAGGUGAGGAACCACUCCAGCUCACUGUCUCUGGCUCACCGGAGAGACUUUAAGCAGUUACUUCAGGGAAUCACCGGGGAGGGGCCACUACGCCUGGUGGACAUGAACUUCAAAGAGUUUGCCGGCUUCCAGAUCGCCCUGCUCAACAAGGAUUUAAAGCCUCAAGCUUAUCGAAAUGCCUACGACAUCCCAAGACGGAACCUUCUGGAUCAACUCACACGAAUGCGCUCCAAUUUACUGCGGACAUCACAAAAACUGAUCAGAGGGCAAGAUGAAGACUAUCUGCACAGUAUUCCAGUGGCUCAGAUGGGAAACUAUCAGGAGUAUUUAAAAAUGAUGCCGUCCCCACUGAGAGAGAUUGACCCUGAUCAACCUAAACGCCUGCACACGUUUGGGAAUCCCUUCAAGCAGGAUAAGAAGGGGAUGAUGAUCGAUGAGGCAGAUGAGUUUGUAGUGGGCCCUCAAAACAAGAAAAGAGGAAAUUCCAGUGAUUCCAACUCAAGUGCUACGAUGAAGAGAAGGCGGAGCAUGUCCCCAUUGCUGCGGCGGCCGCAGACUCCACCAGGAAACACAAACCAUGUGGUGGUUGGAAAGAGUCCGGCAGGGGUUCCGGGGCAGCAGAACCUCCUCAAACCCAUCCCGCAACACAAAGGAGUGGAUGGCAACAACGCUGUGGUCACUGACAGUAAUGGUGACAGGGCUCUUGGGCCUGACUCGGGGGAGAUCUGGCCCACGGAGAUGGACACUGCAGCAGGGAACCCAUCGUCAGUGAGCCUGGAGGAGAAGGCCAGGCUGGGAGCAACGGAUCGGGUGGAGGACGUCGACAUGACGGAGGAGAGACUUGUGGAGGAUCAUCCGGAUGAGCAGCCGCUGGAGGAGAAACUCAACUGCGAACGGCUGAGUCCGCAGAGCCAGCUAGAGGAUGCUGAAGCUGACCCACCUGCGUCUGAGACCAUAUACAUAGCCCCACUAGAUGGCAGCCAAGCGGAGCUGCGGUCUCGGAUCAUCAAGGAGGUCCGCAAACCUGGACGAAACUAUGACGCAAUACUCGGACUACUGCAGCAGGUGAAAGGACCAGUUAAUGUACAGAGGUACUUCAUCCAACAUGCCAUCAAAGAGGCUUCCAGGUUCAAGAAGCGGGUACUGAUCCAGCAGCUGGAGUUAGCCCUCACCGAGUUGGACGAGAAGCACACAACAUCUUCACAGCUUCCCAAUGAUCACGGCAGAUAGUUUUGCUGCUAGAAAAAAGGAAUCCUUCCUUUUUUUUUUGGAGGAACAUUGUGUUGAGCGUUGGAUAAACCACCUUAAAAGACGUCCUUGUUGAGUAGCCUCAAAAAGACAAAUUGGGGAAGUGGAGUGGGGGAGAGGACAAAUGCACUGAUAGCAGAUGUUUCAAUUCUCAAUGUGUUGUUACAUCACUUCCUGUUAGAGGUGGAGGGAAAGGGUUUCAACUGGAGGAGGGGCCUUCAGGACAGAUCCACCCCCGGGGGAUGAGUAAAGAGACUUUAAAUAUAAUCCCUCUCAUACUGACAGAUGCCUUAAACAUCCACAUGGCUUUUGUCUGUAUAGGCACAUUCAUUCAGUAGACACACACACUCCGUCAGACACACACAAUAAGCCGACAGAUCCCUGAAUGGCAGAGCGAGGGAUACACAGGAUUAUUCCUGUUCGUUAUUCUUUAAAAACAGACCUUUCUUCAGCUGGUCUGAAAAGUGUUUGUGAGACUGCAACAAUUUGUUUUAUGAGUUAUAAAAUGUUUCAUAGAUUUGUUUCUGACAGGAGAAAUCUGGUCUGAUAUAUUUUUUACCUUCAUUGGGAUGCACUGAUGUUUAUUUUGUUCCAAAGCUGAUGCUGUUCAACAAUAUGAUCCCAUUCCUACUAGCUGAUACUGAUAUGUGUGAGCGUAUGAGUGUAUGUCAUUUUAUAUAUCGUGAUUGCAAUAUAUACACGUUUCUGCAAAUUCAAUUGAGAAACCACUGACGGAUAAAACAACCAGAUGCUACUGCCUAUCUCUGCUUAAUCCAGACAGUAAAAUACAGGACAAAUGAAGGUACUUCAUCAAAUUGAUGCAACAAUCCUGGAUAUCCAAAAUCGCCAAAUUCAACCGAUGCGUACCCCAGUAUGAAUGGUGUAGCAAAAUCUCAAAUGGUAGACGAAUAUCUUUCAUCUCACAGUACUUAUUGUCAUAUUGCACAACCCUAAAUUACAGUUUUUUGUCCGUAAAAGGUUCAACUUCACACACGCCAGUCUUAAGGUAAAUAAAUGACUUUUAAAUGUCCAAAUUUUCUUAAUUUGGGUACAGAUUCGACAGCUAUAUUGUGUACGGACAUGCUCCUGGAAACAAACUUCAUACAACAGUAUAUAUAUGUGUCUGUGUUUAAGGCUCUUGCACAAAACUGUGUCAAACUGAAUUUAUUGUGUUCAUGAAACACAGGACAGUUACCUGCCAUUACAGCAAUAGAAGAACACAUGUUCAGUAUAACUUGUAUGCAGCUGUUGGUGUCCACUUUGAGAGGCUACCCCUCCACUCCCCAACACACACGCACACACACCUUCCUCCACAGCACCACAAACCCUCCAUUGAUUCCCAGAACUGCAGCUUUAUUUUAAGGAAUUUCUGCAUCUGUCUGGGCUCAGUUGUCUGUCACCUGUUGUUAAACAUUUCACACAGCAGCCCUCCUUCGUUUCUCUCCUUGUUUUUAUGACAGAUGUACACUACUUUUUAAUGUUCAUAAACAAAAUAGAUUAUUUUUGUGAAUUUGUUUAUUUCAGAGUAUAAGAAAUAUUUUGGAAGCCAAUUUUGUAAACUGUUAAAUGCAUAUAUAAAGUGGAAAGUUUAUUGAGCUACUGUCUUUUUACAAAAUGAAUAAACCACAAUUAGACUGGUAUCUA